ACAUUGGUGAGGUUCAGUAUAUAAACAAUUCUUGAAGUGAUCACCUCUUUGUGCAAAGUUUGGUGUGAUGAACAAGAGCGCGAAAAUACCAUUCCGAUAUGGAAUAUGCAGACCCAGCGAAUAUCUUAGAAAAUCAUUUGCAACACAGGUAUCCGCCGAUGAUGAAUUUGAUAAUGCCAAGCCGUAUUCGGAAAUUCCUGGACCGACGUUGCUCCAAGGAUUACGGAGCUUUCUUCCAGGUGGUAAAUUUCACAACAAGGAGCCCAUAGAUAUGAAUACGUUGCUUAACAAGGAAUACGGAAAUAUACUCAGACUUCCAGGAUCUUUCGGUCGGAAGGACGUUAUUAUCACUUAUGAUCCAAAAGACUUUGAAACAGUCUUUCGCACAGAGGGCUUAUGGCCUUACCGACGACCACUUCUAGCUGUUGAUUAUUGCCGAAGGAAAAGACCAGAUGCGUUCAAGAACAGUGGUGGUCUGAUUAAUGAUCAGGGUGAAGUUUGGGGACGGAUGCGAUCGGCUGUAAAUCCAGCCAUGCUAAAGCCGAAAACAGUAAAGGUGUACAUACCGGCUAUUGAUGAUGUGGCAAUAGAUUUCGUGACAAAAAUAAAAGCGAUUGCUGACGACAAUCACGAAAUGCCUUCGAAUUUUGCUGUCGAAUUGGAAAAAUGGUCCCUGGAAUCUAUAGCGGUUAUAGCAUUAGAACAUCGGUUGGGCAUAAUUACAAACGAAAAUGAUGCGGAGAGCCAGAAAAUUAUUAAGAGCGUGAAGGCCAUGUUUCAUUUAGGAUUUAAGGCGGAAGUGCUGCCCCCAAUUUGGAUUCAAACACCAAUGUUCAAAGAGCUCUCGAACUCUUUUAAUAUUGUGACAGACAUCUUAAAGAAGUAUGUGGACAGUGCCAUCGAUAGAAAACAUAAUGCAAAGGAUACAGAUGAUGGUGACGAAAGAGUCUUGGAAAAAUUGUUAAAAAUCAAUCCAGACUACGUGUUUGCGUUGGCAAUGGAUAUGCUCAUAGCUGGAAUAGACACGACUUCGGCAGUUGUUGCUAACUUGUUGUAUCAUUUGGCCAAAAAUCCGUUUAAGCAAGAAAAGUUGCGCGACGAAGUAAUGAAAAUAUUGCCAACUGUGGAUUCAAAAUUGAGCACAACAAGUUUGGGCUCAGUGCCCUACAUGCGAGCGUGCAUCAAAGAGACGAUGAGAUUAACGCCACCAAUACCGGUAAAUAUGCGAGGAACUGGAAGAAACUUAGUUCUUCAGGGAUAUCAAAUUCCGAAAAAUACCGAUGUAGCUAUGUUCGGUGCCUUACUACAUCUAGACGACAAUCACUUCACCCGAAGCGCCGAAUUUAUUCCUGAACGUUGGCUAAGUGGCACCGAUGUGAUGGAAGGAUGUCCGAAUAAUGGCAGAUCGGAUAAUCCGUUCGCGUUUCUACCGUUUGGUUUCGGUUCGAGAGCUUGCAUUGGAAAACGAUUUGCGGAAAUGGAAAUAGCUAUAGUUUUGUUGCGAAUUCUAAGAGAAUUUCGAGUUGAAUGGCACUAUGGUCCUUUAAAAUACGUGCAAGCAUUCAUUGUUACGCCUACUAAUGAUCUUAAAUUCAAAAUGAUUCCAUUAAAGUGACAGUGGGACUGAAAGGAUGUAAUUUUUGGUUGAAAUAUUUAAGUCGGA